AUGCGUCACUCCUGUCCAACUAUAGACUAUGGCUCAGAAACCUGGACCCUGCUGAAUUCUGAUCUCAGAAGACUUGAGUCAUUUCACCUAAGGUGUCAACGCGCGAUCCUAGGCAUCCAGUGGUACGACUUCGUCAGCAACAACGAGGUCUUCCACAGAACAAGAUUGCCAACCAUCAUCCACCAAAUCCAACAUCGCCGCACCGCCUUCUUCGGUCACGUCGCUCGCCUGGCUGACAACAUCCAAGCAAAAACCGUUCUGGGCAUCGCCAUCAAUUCCAAGAGAGGUCAACGGCCAACUUCCGGCUGGAAGACCCUUUGCCGUCCAAGAUCAUCUUGUUUGGAACAACUCGAACGGCCUAGCCAGAUUGACUGCAUGUGGAAUGAGGCUGUAUAG